UACAUGUGUACAUGUAAAAAGUAAAACAUAACGUAUCGUUCAAUUAUAUUGAUAGAAUAUUUCUUAUAUUUCUAUUACCAGUGUGAUCAAAACAAAUAUUAAAAUUAUUACAAAAAAUGGGUGUUCGUGGUUUAUAUUCUUAUGUCAUCAAAACAUCUGAAGGAUCAUUUGAGCCGUUUACAUUAAAAAAUACUAAAAUAAUUAUUGAUGGUCGGAGUUUAUCAUACCGUUUAUUUGAUUUGUCUCAACAAAACAGAACAACGAAAUACAUUAUUGGUAGUGAUUACGAAGCUUUUUCAAGAUUCGUAACAGAUUUUUUCAAAAAGUUAAUGUUUCAUAAAGUUAAUUUUCUACUUGUCAUGAAUGGUUGUUUUAGACCUGGAAAUCGAGAAAAAAUUGAACAAAAACAUACAAAGUGUCUAUCAUCCAAUGUUGAUCCAUUUCUUUAUGAUAGAAAAGAAGGUAUUCAUUAUGCUGCAUUCAAGGACGAUGUAUUUAUGAGUGUUAUAAAAAAGUUGAGAAUCAAAUUUGUAAAAUGCACUUUCGAUUCCGAUGAAGUUAUUGCAGUCACUUCAAAAAUAUUGGGUUAUCCAGUUCUAACUGCAAAUUCGGAUUACUUUUUCUACGGAAAUGACUGCAUACUGUUCAAUACAAUCGAAUUAAAUAAAAACACUCUACAAUUAACGAAUAAAAUGGCAUGUAAAAUAUAUCGUUCUGAUAAAUUUAUUAAGAGUUUUCCUGGACUCGACAUCUCGUGUCUGUCACUUUUAUCAGUGUUAAUGGAUCAAAAUUAUUUCAAUGAUGAAUUAUUGAAGGAAAUUCUCAAGUUUCAAUCAUCAGCUAACGUAAUGAUUGAAAAUUAUAAUAAAAUUCGAGCAGCAUUAUACUGGUUGAGUAAUCAUACUCUUGAAUCAGCAUCCUCAAAAAUUUGUUCAUUAUUAACUCCAGUAGAAAAAUCUCCAAAGCCAAUAAAAAAAUUUAUUGAAGCUCAUAUUAAUAGGUUUACAACAUUUUCUAAAUUAACAUUAGAGUUUUUAGUAACAGAACCAUUAUUAGAGAUUACUGAAGAAAAAAUUUCUUCAGUAAAAGACAAAUUUUUUAAAUUUACAAUGGACGAUAAGAAGAAAUCUCCAAGUGAAAAACUACAUGACAAUCUAGUAGAACGAGAUGAUGAUAUAAUAAAAAAAAAGGUUCUCAGUUUAACUCCAGAUUGGUUACUACGUUGUCAUAUGAAAGGACAUAUUCAUUCUUUCAUCUUUAGCAUGAUUGGACUACGAACAUUUAUUCCAUGGGAUCAUUUAGAAGAUUUGAAUUAUCCAUGUGCAUAUGAAAUGAGCAUCUCUUUGAUUGAAUUAAUCGACAGACUUUUGUUAAGUUGCAUGAAAAAUUAUUCAUUACAACCUUUAAAUUUAAUGGCUAGAACAAAUCGUGAUAUUUAUUACAAGACAAUAAAAAUUGAUAGCUACCCUAAAAGUUUAGGAGCUCUAAGAAAAUCAGACGUCAAAAACAGAUUGAAGAUUAUUAACAACGUUUUGAGAAUAGCAGAUUCAGAAAAUUUUCAAGACUUACCGGAGAACUGGCGUCUCUAUGUAGCAACGGCAGUCUUUUGGUUCAAGCAAGAUGUGGCACCUAAAAAAAAUAAAAAUCACAUGAAAGCUCUUCUUCUGGCAAUGUUUUUUGUUGUAGUUAAGAACAUUAUUCAUUUAAAAAAAUCCAAAUGUUUCAAUGAACAAUAUAACGAAACGAUAAAAAAAAUUAUGUCCACAAGUAUCUCUCAUCAUAAUCAAAAGGAUGAAAUUACUACGAUUCAAGCAAUUGAAAAUAUCUGUAAUAAUGAUGCUUUAAUAGCAGCAAACUAUAUGAUGCCUUUGGUUGAAAAUCAAACUAAGAUACUUAAUCAACCUCCUUCCUUUCAUUUAUCAACAGAAACUAUUCAUAUUUAUUCGCAAUUUGAAAUUUGUUUAAAAUUUUCUAAAACUUUAAAUUCUUUAUUAAAUAUGCCUUAUUAUCAAAUUAAAGUUGAACAAAUGUUGAUGAGACCACUGAUUUAUAAUUUGUAUUUAGAUAUUUCUCAACAUUCUAAUGUAGAUAAAUACAUUGCUGAUAAAUUUAAUCAUGCACCGACUGUUUUGAAAUGUUUCAAAUUAUUGUCAAAAAAAGUUGAUUCAUUGUUGAAUGAGUGA